ACGGAUCGCGAUCCGAUCGCGAUCGAGUUGCAAGUGUGGACAGCGUUGCGGUUGGAUCGCGAUCGGAUCGCGAUCCAGUUGCCAGUGUGGACAGGCCUUAAGUUCUCCAGGAGACCAUCUAGUCUUGUGUACAUGUGUACGCUAGCCUGUCCUCGCGGUCAAUUCCUUCAUAUGGCUUGCAGACAGAGGUUCGUGCAUGUCGACGACGAUGUCUCAUGCAUGAUCUCCGUUCUUCUUGUUUUCUCAUCGGUUGGCCGUUGCCCUGUGUUUGGAUAAAGUAGCUGCACUUUUUGCAUCGAGAAACAAAGUGGAAGCACCCUUGUAGACGAGUUCAGUCUCAGCUUUCCACAUUUUCAGGCAGCUAGGAGCCAAGUCACGUGUCAAAAGACUCGCAACUGUAUCGUUAUUUCUAUGAGGCGUACACAAAAGCCGAGCGACAAUGGCUGUGGUGUCUCACAUGAGUCUUGUUUGCGAUCAUUGUUAUAUCUGCAAAAACCCGGAGAUGUGAGAUAACAGUGAAAACGACCUCUGUAGUUAUCAUGGAAGUGUGACUCAUUUAGAAACGUGCUAUGAGACUUACAAUCUAUAGAGUUAUGGUAUGAACGUCUGCACUUACUUUCUUGCACGUUGUUCGCUUAUUGUCAUUCAGACAUGGAAGAAAGAAUGGAAAACGUUUCACAGGAAGUGAUGGUAUGUUGGCGAUCGCGCAAUUCCACGUGACUGAGCACGUGCAAACUAAGUUGCGCAGGCGUAACGGCCGUGCCUAGCUGUCGAAAGCCACGAGCGCUGUUGAAAGUGGGCGCGUCUUCCGUGUCCGUGCUAAUUGAAUCAUCGAAAGUAUGACGGACGCACUUACGAAAUCUAACGUAUGGCUGACGACUUUGUAAAGUGAAGGGACCAUAAAAGAUAUCAGUCUCCAACACUGCAUGCUUGCGACUUGCGGAGUCAUGGCAUCAUCACGUGAGCUGUACCAAGAGCAGUUUGAUCCUGACGCUUACCUGUCUACCUACUUCUCCUUCUGUGAACAGAAUGAGCCGACGGACGUCCAUAUUCGGUCUACCCGCGAGUGGCAGCUGGCCAAGUUUCACCGGUUCUAUUCAACCCUUCAGCUUGAUGCGGCAGUGGACAAACGUCUGCACAUUCUUGAGUUUGGUGGCGGCCCAGGUCUCUAUUCUCUCGUCAGUGCUGCUCCCUACGCAGAAGAAAUCGUAUUUUCUGAGUUCGUUGCACGGAACAGGGAAGUUGUCGACGCUUGGAAGAAGAAAGGGCCCGUCAGCGCUUACCGCCCAAUCAUUCGCUAUGUGGUUCAGUCAGUUGAAGGGCGUGCGGACGAAGAGGUGGACCAUCGAGAGCAGGAGCUGCGAGACAAGAUUGUAUCCGUUGUUCCCAGCGAUAUAUCCCAAGAUCCACCUGUUGCAGACCCUCAAGGGAAACAAACGUAUGACGUGUUGUCAACGCAUUUCUGCCUAUUGACUGCGUGUGAGUCGAUCAGUAUGUACAGGACGGCUCUCCAAAAGCUUUCUGCUCUUGUCCGUCCGGGUGGCUACAUCAUUGCUUCAGAAAUUCUGGGUGCUUCCUUUUACAUGGUCGGCGGAAUCAAGUUCCCAAACAUAUUACUCACUGGUGAAGUAAUGCGGCAAGCAUUUACGGAUGCUGGCUUUUCGGAAGAGCUCUCGUUUCAUUCACUACCAUUGGAACCAUCAGAAGUUGCGGAUGGCACCGACUACGUGAUAGUCACAGCAAGAAAACCUUGACAGUGUAGAUAUGAUAGUGUACUGGUUCUUCAGUCAAGGUGUGAGAUGUUCUCUUUGCUGAACUUUUCACAGGUCUAGUGACAGCUGAGCUGGGCGCGCGGUUUUGUUAACUGUUGAGACUAGUGCUCUACAAAUAGAAAAACAUAAGAAUAUGGUGAAAAGAGGCUCAGAAUUGUUUCUGGAUGCCUCUGUUAAGCUGGUAAACGCAGAAAGCUAGAUGCCCAGGGGUGUUGACAGACAGACAGACAGACAGACAGACAGACAGACAGACAGACGAGAGGGAGAGGG